UUCCUUUUGGGAUUGGGAUUAAGAUUGGGAUGGGAACAGGACAGGGAUAGGAAUGAAAAUGCAGUUGGGAUGGAGACAAGGAUGCAGCUGAGGAGUGCGGUGGUGGCGGCACCAGCAGAGCUGAUGGAAAUGGAGCAGUGACAGUGAUGGUGGGGCUGGAGGGGGAGAUGCGUGUGGGGAAGGCGCUGCGGCGGCUGCGGGUGACGGUGGUGGUGGCGGUUAUGGGUGUGUGGAUGGUGGUGGUGGUGGCCGUGUUGAUGAUGGCGAGGGAGAUGGUGGUGAUGGCCGUGUUGAUGGUGGUGAGGGACAUAGUGGUGGUGAUGGCUGUGUUGAUGGUGGCGAGGGAGAUGGUGGUGAUGGCCAUGUUGAUGGUGGUGAGGGAGAUGGUGGUGAUGGCUAUGUUGAUGAUGUCGAGGGAGAUGGCGGUGGCCGUGUUGAUGAUGACGAGGGAGAUGAUGGUGAUGGCCACGUUUAUGGUGGUGAGGGAGAUGGUGGUGAUGGCCGUGUUGAUGAUGGCGAUGGAGAUGGCGGUGAUGGUGGUGGGCGCGCCCCGAGGAGCUGCACCCCUUGACUCAACAGCCGCAGCCCCGGGCUUUUGCCCUGACUCAGCGCGGUGGGGACACCCUGCAGAGAACCCACCGACUCGGCUCCCGGAUGGCCUCCCGCCGCCUUUCCGCUCUCCGGAGCUGUGGGGGGAAUUCCAGGCGCAGGAAAGCCGGGAUAUCCGCCCCGGCAUCCUUCCUGACCCUGGCCGUGGGCAGCGCGGUGGGAACGGAGCUGCAUGUCCCCUCCAAACCAGGCUCCCGAGCUUCCACCGAGACUUCACCAUCGCGGGGGCUGUCAUGAGUUCGCUCGUUCUCAGCAGAGAAUGUUGAGGCGAGGGGGGACCCCGGAGCUCGCCCACCCCACCCCACGGGUGAACCCGGGCGUCCGGGCGCAUUCCUGGGGGCUGAUUCACCAAAGGGGGGGCCACCACCCGUCACCGCUUCCCUCCCGGCCUCCUCUUCCUCUCCCGGGUGCAGGAUCCGGCCACCGCCCUCGCUGGAGCGCCCGGCGUGCCGCGGCAUGUCUGCCCGGGCUCGGCACGGCUCCCAGGGGAUCUUCUGAGGGGGGUCCCAGGGAUGCUUGUGGGGCCUGGGGGGCAUCCAUGGGUCAUGGGGACGUCAUCUGGGGGUCCUGAGGGACAUCUGUGGGUCCCGGGGAUACAGACAUGGGUCCCAGGGUCAUCCGUGAGCCCCAGGGACAACUAUGGAUCCCAGGGUCAACUGUGGGUCCUGGGGAACAUCCAUGGGUCCCAUGGAUAGACCCAUGGUUCCCAAGGACAUCUCUGGAUGUGGGGGACAUCUGUGGGUCCCAGGGAUAUACACACGGAUCCCAGCGGCAUCUGUGGGUCCUAUGGACAUCCACAGGUCCCAUGGACAUCUGUGGAUCCCGGGAACAUCCACAGGUCUCAGGGACAGCUAUGGUCCUGGGGAACAUCUGUGAGUCCUAGGGACAUCAGUGGGUCCCGGGGGAUGUCUGUGGGUCCCAGAGCCAUCCAGAGGUCCAAGAGGCAUCUGGGUGUCUUGGUGGCAUCUGCGUGUCCUGGAAGCGACUGUAGGUCCUGGUGUCAUCUCCCAGGCUUUGCACCCACCCUGCUGACGUCCCCUCUCCUC